AUGAACGUCCAGGACCUCCUUACUCCCGAGUCGGCGCCCGAGUGCCCGCCGUCGCCGGCGACGUCGGUGGCCAGCUGCUCCAGCACCAGCAGCGAAUCCUCGGUCGAGGAGACCCCGAAGCGCGGCUGGGUGGCACCGUUCCUGCUGCAUCUGCAUCAGAUGCUGCGCCGCGAGAACCCCAAGAUCAUCCGCUGGGCCGAGGACGGCCUGGCCUUCCAGAUCCUGGACAAGGAGGCCAUGACCGCGCAUAUCCUGCCCAAGUACUUUAAGAACAAAAACUUCUCUAGCUUCCAGCGCCAGCUCAACUACUUCGGCUUCCGCAAGUGGAGCAAGGCCCGCGCGCAGUUCCCCACCUACAGCCGCGAGCACUUCACGCGCGACAACUACAGCGAGAUGUCGCUCGUCAAGCGCCAGAGCAAGAAGUCGCGCAAGCGCAACUCCUCUGCCGGGGGGGAGCAGCCCGCCAAGCGCGCGGCCGUGUCGCCGGCCAAUUUCGCCGCCUCUGAGAAGUGCAAGCCCAUUCUCCCGCGCCCGGGCGCUGCCCCGCAGCCUGUCGUGGCCUCUUCGCCCCAGUUCCAGCAGCACCGCGUCAUGUCCCCGCUGAUGCAGCCGUCGGUCUUCAGCCUCCCCGUCCUCUCCCCCGCCCGGAAGGUGAGCAGCGGCUACAAGCUGCCCUCCAUCCGCGAGCUGUCCCUGUCCAGCGCCUUGCCGUACUCGGCCCUCGGUCCUAUCCGGCCGCGCCUCAUGGCCUAA